GCGCUCCGCGGGCCGCCCGCGCCCUCAGCAGCGGAAGGAGGCGGAGGAGGGAGCCCCGCCGCCCGUGCCGCCCGCUCCGCUGUGCUCCGUGCUGCCCGUGCUGCCCGCUCCGUGCCGCCCGGCCCCGCUCCGCUCCGCCGCCGCGCACAGGUAACCGGAGGAGCAGCGAGCGCAGCCCAGCCCAGCCCGGCCGGGCGCGAUGCCGCGGGCCGCCCUUCGCUGCCGGGGCCGCGGGCGCUGCCACUGCCCCGGGCGGCGCUGCCACUGACAGCCCAGCUGCCGCUGCCGGACGCGGACUUUCCCCUCUUUGUGUUUAUUCUGCCGCUCUGAGGUACCGCUAUCCUCCUCCCAGCGACCGCGGGCAGGUCCUGGCUGACUCUGGGAUUUUUUUUACCCCCCUUCCAGCUCGAUUGCCUGUUCUGAAAGUAUAUUUAUUUUUAAUAAAAGAAAAAGUCGAGCCAUAAAUCCAGUUUGUAUCACAUUCCCCGUACUGUUGAGUCCGGUUUACUUCUGCGGUUAAAAAAAGUUUACUCCCCCUCCUCCAGUUUUAUUGACACUGAGGAUGAAGAAGGAUUUGCAAAUGAAAGCGCCUUGAAAUACAGCAUCUUUUGGAGAGAGCUCUGCAGUUCUCCAGCCCGUUAAAUCUCGAAUUCCACCCUUUGCCCCUGCUGAAUCCACUGUUCUGCCCUUUACUCUCUGGGGUAAAAAACCAAACAACAACAACAAAAACCCGAGGGGAAAAAGAAUACCUUUGGCAGCAGGGAAGCUUUGUGUGACUGACCCAACGAGCUACAAGUGUCCAGUUUCUGAAAAGAAGAAAACCCUUUUGUCUUCAGCAGAUCAGUAGAAUUAUUUUGGGAGCGAGGGGAGUAUCAAGUGAUCAGGCCUGCUGAAGAGGAGCCUGAAGCCAUCUCUGAGUGGAGAUCUUGGGUUUGCAGGAGGAAGGCUGAGUUUGUCCCCCCAUGUGGCAGAACUGCUCCUCCUUACCAGGGAACUGCAAGUGAAGGACAAAGGUCAAGGGCAGCUUUUACGUUCCACCCAAAAGGCACCACAGUUUGAGAUGAGGAAUUCAGAAGAGCAAGCAGCUACGACAGUUUUACAGCGCCUGCUGCAGGAGCAGCUCCGAUACGGGAACCCAAAUGACAACCGCAACCUUCUGGCCUUACACCAGCAAGCCACAGGCAAUGCCCCCCCUUUCAGCAGCACCGGCAGCCCGGCCUCUCAGAACGAAGGGCUGAGCUCCCAGGAGCACCAGCUGGUCACUCAUGCUGCCCGCCAGGAGCCCCAGGGCCAGGAGAUACAGGUGGACAACAGCAUCAUGGAGAAGCAGCUCUCACCACGCCUGCAGAACAGCGAGGACCUCCCGACCUACGAGGAGGCCAAGGUGCAGUCGCAGUAUUUCCGGGGCCAGCCGCACGCCAGCGUCGGGGCCGCCUUCUACGUCACGGGCGUCACCAACCAGAAGAUGAGGACUGAGGGGAGGCCCACGGUGCAGCGGGUGAGCCCGGGAAAGGUGCACCAGGAUGAGGGACUGAAGGACCUCAAGCAGGGCCACGUGCGCUCCCUGAGCGAGCGGCUGAUGCAGCUGUCCCUGGCCACCAGCGGGGUCAAGGCCCACGCGCCCGUCACCAGCGCGCCGCUCUCCCCGCUGUCCCCGCUCUCUCCCCAGCAGUCCAGCGACCCUUACAAAAAUUCUAGCUCCAAUGAGUUCUACAAGAAUUCGGUGCAGCCCCCUUCCCAGCCCAGCAUCAAAGGAAUGGAGCAGCGGGGGCCUCCCCCAGAGUACCCUUACAAAAACGUGUCCACCCCAUCUAUGAACUGCAAGCCUCAGGACUCGGGGCAUUUCUAUAGUGACCAUCGCAUGAGCCAGCAGGGAAGAUCUGAUGGGCCUAUGAUGAGGUAUCAGCAUCCCCCUGAGUAUGGCUCAGUCAGGCAGAACCCAGAUGUGCAGCUGCAGUUACAACAGAGACCACCUCACCACCACAGCCCAACUUCCUCCUUGACAUCCCUGGGAUCUUUGACUUUGCUCCAGUCUCCACCACCCUCUAGGCUGUCCCCAUCCCAGCAUCAGCAACCUCUGACUCCCAGCCAGGCAGAUCCUGGUGUUCUGCCCCGGCCCCAGCAGCCUUUCCUGUCCAACCCAGUCCAGCAGGGGGAUCUGUACCGACUAUGCCAGCCCUUCCUGGGCCCCCAGCAGCAGCAGCAGCAGCAGCAGCAAGGAGACUCCUACUCCAUGAGAGCCCAGCAGAUCCCUUCCCCAUACCAGCAGGUGCAAGUGGAUCCUUUUGCCAUCGUGUCCAGGGCCCAGCAAAUGGUGGAAAUCCUGUCCGAGGAGAACCGGUCCCUACGGCAGGAGCUGGAUGGGUGCUAUGAGAAGGUGGCCCGGCUGCAGAAGCUGGAAACAGAAAUUCAGCAAGUUUCAGAGGCCUACAAAAACCUGGAGAAAUCAUCCUCUAAGCGGGAUGCCCUGGAAAAAGCCAUGAGAAACAAACUGGAAGGAGAAAUUCGUAGGCUUCAUGAUUUCAACAGGGAUCUAAGAGAACGCAUGGAGACAGCCAACAAGCAGCUGGCAGAGAAGGAGUUUGAGGGCUCUGAAGACAAUCGGAAAACCAUCUCUCAGCUCUUUGCACAAAACAAGGAAACACAGAGGGAAAAAGAGAAACUGGAAAUAGAGCUGGCUGCUGCCCGCUCCACCAACGAGGACCAGCGGAGACACAUCGAGAUCCGAGACCAGGCCCUGAACAACGCUCAGGCCAAGGUGGUGAAACUGGAGGAGGAGCUGAAGAAGAAGCAGGUCUAUGUUGAGAAGGUGGAGAAGAUGCAGCAGGCCUUGGUUCAGCUGCAGGCAGCGUGUGAGAAGAGGGAGCAGCUGGAGCACCGGCUGCGCACCCGGCUGGAGAGGGAGCUGGAAUCUCUCCGCAUGCAGCAGCGUCAGGGCACAUCUCAGGCUGCCAAUGUCUCUGAGUACAACGCCACAGCACUGAUGGAGCUCCUGCGUGAGAAGGAGGAGAGGAUCCUUGCUCUGGAAGCUGACAUGACCAAGUGGGAACAGAAAUACCUGGAGGAAAGUGUGAUGAGACAGUUUGCUUUGGAUGCAGCUGCGACUGUGGCUGCUCAGAGGGACACCACGGUGAUCAACCACUCGCCCAACCCCAGCUACGACACCUCCCUGGAAGCUCGAAUCCAGAAGGAGGAGGAGGAGAUCCUGCUGGCCAACAGGAGAUGUCUCGACAUGGAGGGAAGGAUUAAGACCCUGCAUGCCCAGAUCAUCGAGAAGGAUGCCAUGAUCAAAGUGCUGCAGCAGCGCUCCCGCAAGGAGCCCGGCAAGACAGAGCAGCUCUCCUCCAUGAGACCUGCCAAGUCCCUCAUGUCCAUCUCCAACGCUGGCUCAGGCUUGCUGUCCCACUCCUCAACCCUGAGCAGCACCCCCAUCCUGGAGGAGAAGAGGGAGGACAAGAGCUGGAAGGGCAGCCUGGGUGUUCUGCUGGGAACAGAAUAUCGCUCUGAAUCCAUCCCCUCCACCCCCUCUCCUGUCCUGCCCUCCACACCACUGCUGUCAGCCCACUCCAAGACAGGCAGCAGAGACUGCAGCACCCAGACAGACAGGGGCAAUGAGCAGGGCAAAGCUGCUCCUUCCCCUGCAGCUCCCACCCCAGCACGACUCCCCAGCACCAACCUGAGCUACAGUGCAGAGAAAACAGAUGGGCCACUCUUCCACUCCAGCACUCUUGAAAGAAAAGCCCCUGUUCAGACUGUGGGGCAGGACCUCCCAGAUGGAGAGAUGGUAGAAUACCUCAUCUGAAAGGCUGUACCAGGAUCUGAGCUGGGAGAACAGUAGCAAGAAAUUUUUAAAAGACAUUUUUAUUGGGAAAAAAAAAUGUAGUACCUGAGUAAUAAAAGAACACUCAGCUGUUUGCUCUUGUAUAUUAUGUCUCAAAAGUUUGGACAGGUUAAUUUAUAAUUUGUUCUAAAUUAUAAAAAACCCAUAACACUUGUUCUUUGAAAGUUUCCCCCUUUAUUUUUUAAAUACUGGAUCUGGAAACAUCUGGAGAAAAAAACUAGACCUUAGGUGCACUACACGUGUUAUUUCAUUUCAGUGUUUUUAAAGUCUCUUAAGCAGAAGUACCUGCUCUCACAGGUGCUGAUACAUGUCUAGCUUGAAUGUAGUGAGGUGAACUUAAUGGCCUUAAAAUGAUCAGAACCAGGGACAUGGUUGUGAGCAUCACUUAAUGGUGUUGGAGUACAGCUAUUCUGGGGAGCUUUGACAAAUCUGAGCUGUGAUCAAGGGAGAUUUCCCUUUCACUUCCUCUUUCCUCUCAGUGUAAGAACUCAGAGUAGGUGUUUCAUAUUCAUAGGCUGAAAAGAUGUCCAUUUUCAGUGUGGUAACAUUUUUUUUUUACUUCCCAAAUUUCUUUUUUAAUUAUUUUGUUAUUAAAACAAACUACUCUGGCGAUUAAUGUCACAUUUCAUAUUUGUAGUUCCUUUUGCAAGAUUUGCCACACUUUUAUACUUAAGUACUUUUUCAAUAAUUUUUACAAUGGAUAGUAAAUAAUAUAUUGUAUUCAUGUUUUACAUAAAUUAAUAAGGAGAAUUUACAGGCCCAGCCCUGAUCUGUUAGAUCAGAUUUCUGACAUCAUAAUUCCAUUGGCUUUAGUGAAACUACUUCAAAUUUACCAUAGCUCAAGUGGGAAGCCCUGUUAUAGAUGGAACAACUUAAUCUACUGCAUCUGUGGAGAUCUUUCUCUGUAGCAGACUUUUCUAUAUUUCAAAUACCCUUCAACUUUGUAUAUCCCUCCUUUCUGGAGAGACUGGAUUCUUUUUCACAUAGCAAAGCCUCAGAGGUAGAGCUUUAAAGAGAAGCUCUGUGUAAAGGUUCAGAUGGCAGAUUCUCUCCUUUCAAAACACUUCUUUAAUUCAUCUGAGUGGAGAGAGCAGUUGAAAGAAAGUCCCAGAGGCAUUACAGAAAAAAGUGACAUAUUUAAGUCAUGAGGUUCACUUCCAGAUUUCUGGGAACUAGCACAGAUGCAGCAGUGCUUUGGUUACAGAAACUAUAAGGAGAUAUUAAGACCAAUAGAAGUACGUGAGUAUUUUUUUUUUUUUUGUUACUGUCUUUGCAUUUUAUUAAAACACUUCAAUAUUAAUUUCUGUUAAAACCUACUCUUUUUUUGUACUUGAAAAUUAAAAUAUUUCAUUAGCCAGUGGUCACACACUGGGAACCUGGCUAGUUUCAGCUUUCUGUUCAGCAUUGGAGUAGCAAAAUUUUCGUUACAGAUCAUUUCACCCCAGAAAUAAGGAAAUCCAGCAAUUAAUUAUCACAGAGUUAGUGAAUGCCUUUAAUUCCUGUUUGACCCUACUGCUGUGGUGUUCAAAUGAAAUGGCCUCACCAGCCCACCAGGGAUCACAGGAGCUCCACAGUGGGAGGGCAGAGGAGGUGCCUCUCUCUGCACAGGUGGUGCCUAAAGCUCAGCUCUGAGCUUUCCUUCUGAUAAUAAUCACUUCAAAUCCAAGGAAAACAUUUCCCACUAUUUCUGGCAGCUUUGCUGCUGGUUAGGGAUCUUCAGGCCAUACUCCCAGUCCUGCAGAAGGCAGAGGUGGCCAAGGGUGGGUUGGGAGAUGCUGUAGCCAGGCACAAACCUCUUCCAUCAUCCAGGCACUGCCAGGCUCUGUCUGUCCUGUGGGACAAUGUCUGUCCUGACAGCUCCAGACCUCCCUUCCCUCUGAGCCAUUCCCCACUCUUUUCCAGGCACUCUGUCCACCACCACUUCAUUCUCAUCCCUGAGAAUGUCUGCUUUUAUUUCUCUUGGUUUAAUUCCAUCACAAUUUAUGAAGUAAUGCCCACCCUGGGUGAUUUGAUUUCUCUUCCUCCUCCACAGUUGUUGAAAAUUCAGCUUUUCUCAUUAGCUCAAGGUGUCCACCUUUCUGACAUUUCAGCAUAAGCAUCUGUAUUAUAUUUUGUGAAUUUGGCUUAAAAUGAGCAAGGGAAAUCAAAUGCCAUUUGAGGUGGGGAGAACUGUUUGAAUGCUUUUCCUUUAGAGUCAGGAAAAGUAAUAUUCCAUUGUUACAAAUACAUUUCAGCAUCUGGAAAGAAGUUUUAGGACUGUAGGGUUCUAAAUAAACAGUUACAACUCUCUUGAUUCACAUAAAUUCUAAAAUGUCUGGGAAAAUUUGGAUAUUUUACAGAUAAAACCUCUUUCAGAAAACUGAUUUUCCCCAGUCAGUAUUGGCUGUUCAGGUGAAAAUAAUUGGUUUAUCCUCCCUGCAGCUCACUGUUUUCAAGUGGAGUGCCACUGCAUUUUAUUUUUACAAAUCAAAAAGGACAUGAUAGCUUUUUGUGAAUAAAAUACAGCAACUAUCUCCUCCAGAAAUGGAAGCCAGGCUGUCUCUGACAGCCUGAACCAUCAGGAUUGCAGGGGCCUUGGCAGUUCCUUACCCAUUGAAGUAAUUUUGGAAGAUGAUGCAGUUUCACACUGCUUAGGUCGGGCUCUUUGCCCUAUUUUGUAAUUUCAAUUUCUUCCAAAAAAGCAAAACCCCAAAACUUUGCUGUGGAAGCUGGAGGUUGUUUUCUUGGGAGCCAUCAGGAAUGUAUUCUUCCCCUGGAGCUUCCUCAGAGCCAUCCUGAUGUGAAUGUAAACGAGCUGCUUGCUUUGAGGAAGAUGUGUACUAUAGUCUUCAGUCUCUGUACAGAUUUUUAUUUUGUUUUUAAAACAGAACCUGCUUUAAGGAGACAAACUGCACACCUAGUUCCUUUGCCUUCUGUAGAGCUUAUUUCUAGUAGAAAGUGAUUUUUAACAAUGAUUGCAACAACCUUGGCAAACCAAAAUUUUAGACUAAGAGUUUUUCUUAAACUCGGGUAUUAGAAGCAGAAUUGUAGCUUUUAUAAAGAAAGCCACAUAUUCUUUGUAGAGCAAAACAAGAAAAUGAAGUUUAGUUAUUUUUCCUUUUUCUUUUCACUGCUUACAGAAAGGCCAAACUCCCAGGUCCUUCCCUUGGGCAGUUCCUUUGUGGUUUCACUGCUUGGGAGACUGCCUGAGAUCCAGAGACUUUUGUUCCACCUGGCCCAAGGUUCUUAUUAAAUUAAACAGCUCCUACCUGCAGCUCCUGAGGGGUUAGAGCAGGGAUUUAAUGUCUGGGGACUCAAGGGGACGUGUGAGGAGUCUGCAGCGGGACACUGAGGUCACCACGUGUGCUGGGCUGAAGUUCUGCCCCUGUGGGCUGUGCUGGAAGCUGAGCAUGGCCUUUGCUGUGGUUUUUGGGGCUGCCUGACUUGGGGGACACUCUCAGAGUUUUAUCCAGGCCCAUUUCCAAGGCCACCUCCUGCUCCAGGGGCCAGCAGUGUGUGGGACACGUGUGACACCCCCAGACCAAGGCUCUGCACACCAGGCAAACCCAAAUUCACACCAGACAAACCCAAACCCGGAGUGCCCAGGGCAGGAGCAGCCUGGGGUAGCUGAGUUUCCCCUCCCUGGGGCUGGCACAGCUUAUCCUGGAUUCACCCUGCUGCCCUGGCUGUGCUCUGUGCCAGGGGCUGGGGAGGGGGGGAAGGGUCUCUUUUCAUGUAUUUGUAUAGGAACUCUUUUGUAAAAGUUAGUGGUUUUAUGUCUAGGAAGUAAAAAGACAUUGUAAAAUGUAAUUGUACUGUAUUUAUGAAGAAAAUACAUUUCUUUUCAAAAAGAUCUUCUUCUAAGUUGGUUUUAGAGUUUGGUUUCCACCACCAUCAUCUUGCAGGGUUUUUGGGGGGCAAAUAGCUUUGAGCAGUUUCCCUCCCAGCAGGGUUGUGGUCUAACAGGGGCCCAGUCAGCUGCUUCUCUUUAGGACCCAAAAUAUCAAAGCAUGAAUUAAAAUACUAAAGUUUACCAUUUCACAACCAUAGACAGUAUGUCAAGAGAAUGAUCUUUCCUAUAUAAAUCUAUAUUGAAGUGAAUCACGUGGUUUAUUUUUUCCCCUUUAUUUAAACCAUCCAAGUUUAUUUUGUAAUUUGUGACUGGGCUGUUUUGUAAUUCAGCUGUUGAAACAGCCCUUAAGUCUUCGAAGGUUUAUGGCAGCUUUAAUUCUAGAAAGAAAACAAAAUAGUCCGUGUAAAUAUGCACUAAGAAGUCUUGUAAAUGUUGUGUAUCCAUGUAUUUUUAAAGAAUGGACCCUGUGUUUUCAGCUUUUUUCCACUGAUUUUCUUGUUUUGCAGUAAAUUUGUUUGGUAUGAGAAACUUAUGGAAUAUAAAACAAAAACAAUCGUCA